AUGAUUGGAUCAAUUCCUCAAUUGACUCAUCAACAUAGUUUAACGGCAAAUCAUUCAAAGGUGGAUAAAUCUUGUCGUUCAAAACUUUACCGAUGUUUCUCUGCAAAUGAUCAAGAUUUGAUUGAAUUAAUACAUAAUGAUGAUGAUUCAGGUACAGAAGAAAUUGAACAACAACAAUUAGAAUAUGUUUUUCAAGCAAUAGUCAAUGAUAAUGAAGAUCAAUUAUCAAUGAAAUCAUUCACUCCAAAUCCUGAUGAAGGCUUUUCAGAAUGUGAAACUCAAGAUGAAACAACAGUUUCACGUAUUAAAACAGAUCUUAAACUUGCUCAAAAUAUUCUGGAUUAUACAAAAAAAGAUUUUUGUUCUGAUACACGUGUAGCUUUUCAUGGUGAAUUUGCUCGACAUAUUUCAGUUCCAUUAUCAUUAUGUCACAAAGUUCGUUAUUAUUUUUUUGCUGAAGAAGAACUUGCUGAUGAAUGCUAUGGAAAUUUGCAAUUUGACUAUCUUAAACUUGACAAUGCUAAAGCACAAUUUCAAUGUCCAAAUAUUUAUUGUCAACAUGAAUGGACAUCAAUGCGAGGACGAAUUUCAUUUUCAGUUAGUUCACCAAAAAUUGGUUUUAUUGUACUUAAAAUUCUUGGUCAAAAUUGUCAACAUUGUAAUACAUAUACUCAAGCUCUUUGGUAUAUUGAUGAAGUUUGUAGAGUAAUGAAAAAUUUGGCUUCAUCAGUUUUUGAAAGAUAUUUUCCCGAUAUGAUUAAUACUGUCGAAUUAGAAAAUCAAGAAUUGGUACAAAAUGAUUAUAAACGAUCUCGUGCAUCGCGCCAUGAUCCUGCUCAAAGAAAAGGAAGAAUGAUAGCACCACAUGCUAAAGAACAUUGUGAAGCAUGUCAACUUGGUUUAUGUUUCACUUAA